UUAUUGUUUGUAUUAUAGAAAGAUUUUAUCAAGAUGAAGUUAAUUAUUUGAUUUUAUAGAUUAAAUGUCAGAAGAAUCGGAAUAUGUCAUUAACUUACUCAAAGGAUCCGUAUCUAAUAUAGAAGCUGUAAGAAAUGAAGCCUCAUUGAGGAUUAUUGAGCUUGAAUCCAAUGCUUCUUUCCUCUCAACUCUUUUACAUAUCUCAACAACCCGUAACGAUGAUUUUUCAAAGCUCUCGUUUAUUAUUUUAAAAAAUUCAGUUUGUAAACUAUUAUCUCGUUUGAAAACAAACGAUCCUAACACUAAUGUAGAUUACCGUCAGCUUUUCUCAGACAUUAAACUUAAGCUUCAGCAAACUAUUGAAUUGGUGUAUGAGGCCAAUAAUGUCAUUAUGCCUAAGGAGUUCUGCCUUUUAAUUAGAUCUGUGUUUAGAAAUGAAUUCCCAUUAAAUUGCCCAGAAUUUUACUAUUUCUUCAUUUUAAGACUAAAAUCAAUUGAAAACUCAAUUGAUAUUAAGGCUUAUAAUUUGAUAUUUCUGCUCCACCAUGUGUUUAAGGAACGCAUUUCUAUGCGCAUUUUUAAGGAUAGAAAUGUAACAAAUCAAAUGGCCGAACAGUUUUACCCAUAUUUAUCUAAAAUUUGGUCAAUUCAAUUUUUUCAGAAGUGGAAGAAAUUGGAAUUAAACCCAGAUCUACUCCACACUGAAUUUGACCCGAUUCAACUUAAAUUUAACCUGUAUCUGGACUGUAUUAUACUUAAUUUCUAUUCCUACUGCUUUAGAACUGUGUACAAAAAUCAAGAAUUGCUCCAAUUGUUGUCAAAUUUUUUACAAAAAUUUACCAUCCUGUCGAAAGUUUUACAGCAUUCAAAUGCUACUGCUGGUUCAGAGCGUUUAACAGUAGUUGUAAAAAAUGUACUAAGAAUGUUGAAAGGGUUUGCACUUUUAUUUGAAAAGGUGCCUUACGAUUUUGUGUUUUUAGAUUUUUCACUUUUAUUGGACCAAGUUUUUGACUUUCUAGUACACUCUGGAGCCGGAUUGCAAGAGUUUGAAACUGAGUCAAUCAAAUUAAUGACAACAAUUUUCAGCUCGAGUUCAGUGAAUAAUGACAAUUAUUCUAAAAUUUAUUUUGAUAAUGUGGAGCCGAUCCCAGCAGUUCAGUCAAGUGUGUCACCAAUAAGCUCUCCUAAAACCCAUCACAAGGUUGAUAUUAACAAUGUGCCAUACUAUAAAAACUUUGAAGAACUUGUAAGUCUAAACCCAGAAUUAAAGGAAAGCCAACUUGAAGUCUUAAUGGAACGCCAGUUAACAUUUUAUUUUUACAAAAUACUUGGUUCUAGAGGUGGAUUCCUAAAGUUUCUUGACCUCCUAAGGACUAAAUAUUUAAGACUUGAUGAAAACACUAUUGAAUGUUGGAAUGAUGAAGAGGUUCCUACAACAGCUCCAGCCCUGAACUUAGUUCCUGACUUAAUUUCUUGUAUGAAUAUUAAAUUAGUUGACCUGUUUAAUUUUACAUUUAACUCGAUAGUUAACUUCAGUUUAAACAAUUUCCUUGAUAUGAAUAAUUUCUUGGAGUAUGACACUUUUCUCCAGAUUUACACUCUGUGUUUCAAGGACUUUUAUAACUUUCAUUGCUAUAAGCAUUUUGUAGCGCUUUUAGAAUCUUUCAGCAACAUUGUAAAUUUAUUAGAUACUGAACGGAGUAACCGAGUUUUAUCCAAAGUCAGCAAGUUGCUGGUGUUUAGAAUUAGUAGGAUACUUAACCUCUGGUGUAAGAAGCCACUAAUAACACACGAAACUAAGGCGAAAAUAUUGUCAUUUCUGAUAAAGUGUGUUUCGUCACAGGACCCACAACUGAAAGUUCAAAGCCUGGUACCACUUAGUAACCUGUAUAAAAAUAGCGAGGACGAGAAUAUUUGGCGUGAAUUGCCUAAAACCCAACCGAUCAAUCAGCUGAUAAAGGACUUAUUACUAAUAGCCACGACUACGGUGCCUGUAAUUCGGACUAGAAGUCUGGAGUUGGCUUGUAAAUUAUGUUUGGAGUAUGACGAAUGUAGAGCUAAUUUUGAUUCCGUUUUAGAUCUCUACUGUAAACUUCAAUCAGCAGAAAUUUGUGAAGCUAUUUUAAGUGCAAUUUUAGAGUUUACAGCCGAUUUAGAUUGGAAGGACUGGGAUGAAGACUUUGAUGAUCUUAACUAUAACUUUACCAAAUUUGUUAGCGGCAUUGUUUAUAACACGGUAGUUGUAGGGGAACAAGGGCUAAAAAUAGUAAGUAUUACAAGGUAUAGUUUGAUAGAUGAGUUGUUUCUCGCAGUAUGGCUAAGCAUUCUGAGAAUUUUGCCAAAACCUACUAGUGAACCAGAAAAGUGGUUUGGACAAAUAUUUAGCCUUUUUGGUCCGUUUCUAGAUUAUAUUUCCAACGUUGAAAGUUUAUUUGAAGAUACUCUUUUCAAUAAAUUCUCAAUACAAAUAUUAACAGAAUAUGUUUCAUUUCUUAAUACUAUACUACAUUUCAACAAGGAUUACACUGUGAUGGGUGAAGAACGUAUUUUUAGUAAUCGUUAUACCACAUUUAGUCUUAACAAAUUAUAUAAUCUGUCACAUCUGAAUCCAAUUGAUGUCAAUCACCCAGUUGGUUCACUGCUAAUGGAUUUGAUGUUAGCAGUUUUGAGUACUUUCGGUCUUAGUGAACAAAUGACAGAACGAUACUAUGGAAUUUUGGAUAUGUUCUUCAAGUUUUUAGAGUCAUGUGUAGUGGCGGAUUUAUCUUCUGAUAAAGUUGCAGCAUUGGGAAUUGAUCAGAAAUGGACAAAUUUUCAACCUUUGAAAAUUAAAAAGGAGUCUUUGGCUACGAUUAAAAGGCUUUUACCAUUGGUUAAUAAGAUAGUACUAAGUACUAAGAUUUUAAACCCAUACUUUAUGGCAAGGAAUGUGCAGGAUUUUGAAUCUUGGAUAAAUGAGAGGGUUUUGACCCUGAUAAACGCGUUUAGAUAUGCCAGAAAUGACUUUGUUAGAGUCGGUUAUAUAGUACUCGUCUGCACAAUCAUGUCCACUUUUCCUCAAGUUGUCUAUCCUUUCAUUAAGAUAAGCGAAUCUGGUUCCGGACGUUUAAACAACAGUAAUGCUCAUAGUUUAAAAGAUUGCCUAUUUGUCAUCAGCUGGUUCUUAAAUGUGUUGAAUGAAACGUACUAUUGUCCCUUCGAAGAUAGCACGACUCUACAUCCAGAAAAGGUCGAAAACUUUCUAAUCCCGCACUCAUUUAGGUUUCAAUUAAUCAAAGACAGAUCUCUGAUAAAUACCGACGCUGAACAUCCCAAAAAAGAUACUAUAAAAAUGGGUGUGAAGUAUAUAAAGGAAACAACUUCGAGGUUAUCACCAGACUACUCCAGUCUUGUUUUUGGCGAUUUAAAGGGACUCAGCAAUGAUAUUGUUGAUUAUAUUAAAAAAUUAUAA